AUGGAACAGGUUUAUAUGAGACAGCCCCCAGGGUUCUGUGAUCCAUUGCGACCGAAACAUGUGUGUCGUUUGAAGAAGGCUAUUUACGGUCUUAAACAGGCUCCCCGUGCCUGGUAUAUGGCAUUAUCGUCGUUCUUAAUUUCUUUUGGAUUCAGGAAAUCGAGGGCAGAUUAUUCUCUCUUUAUCUAUCAAUAUGGUGAUAUUAUGGCAUAUUUUAUGGUGUACUUGGAUGAUAUAAUCCUAACAGGAAGUUCUCCCGCCUUCUUGGGUCAAUUUGUUAAGUCCUUGGCAGCCCUGUUUUCUCUCAAGGAUCUCGGCCCUUUGCGUCACUUUCUUGGGGUUGAGCUAGUUCCCACUCCCGCGGGUAUUUUUCUCUCUCAAGCACAGUAUAUAACGAAUAUUCUCACAGAAUUUCACAUGCAGGAUGCAAAGUCCAUUUCCACGCCUGGGUCUGCCACAGAGCUACAUGGUGAUGAUGGCUCGGGUUUAGCGGAUAACACCUUGUACCGGCGUGCUGUUGGGCUCCUGCAAUAUCUGUCCAUCACUAGGCCUGACGUUAGCUUCAUUGUUAAUCGUCUAUCGCAAUUUCUGAAUGCCCUAACUUUGUUGCAUUGGCAAGGGGUGAAAUGUGUGCUACGUUAUCUCAAGGGCACUGUGUGUCACGCCCUGUUUCUGCGUCGUGGAUCAAGUCUGAAUCUCACUGCUUUUUCAGAUGUUAGCUGGGGUGGAAUUCAUGACGGAGGACGAAUGACGAAGGGGUAUGUUGUGUAUUUGGGGUCUAACAUUAUUUCCUGGCGAUCAGUUCGUCAAAAAGCAGUUGUGCGGUCCUCUACCGAAGCGGAAUAUCGUGCGCUUGCAAAUGUGGCGACCGAAGUAGUUUGGCUACGAAACUUACUGCUUGAUCUGGGUGACUACUGCACCGGGCUUAUAUUGUGA